GUCCGCGGCCGGGAGAGCUGCGCGAGGACAGUCUUCCAAACACAGCCUGUCUCACUUGGAACCUUCCCUCUUUUACUCCCCUCAGUCAAGUUAAGAGGGUUUCAAGAACAUCAUUCAUCAGUUUCCAGGAUGGAGAUCUCCUCGCACCAGUCUCACCUCCUGCAGCAGCUGAAUGAGCAGCGCAGACAGGAUGUGUUUUGUGACUGCAACAUCCUCGUGGAAGGGAAAGUCUUCAAAGCUCAUCGCAACGUGCUGUUUGCCAGCAGCGGCUAUUUCAAGAUGCUGCUUUCUCAGAACUCCAAGGAGACGAGCCAGCCGACCACCGCCACCUUCCAGGCCUUCUCCCCAGACACUUUCACGGUCAUCCUGGACUUCGUCUAUUCGGGCAGAUUGUCUCUUACAGGGCAGAACGUCAUAGAGGUGAUGUCGGCCGCCAGCUUCCUUCAGAUGACCGACGUCAUUAGUGUGUGCAAGACUUUUAUUAAAUCUUCCCUGGACAUCAGUGAGAAGGAAAAAGAUCGCUAUUUCAGCCUCUCAGAUAAAGAUGCCCAAUCCAACGGCACAGAGCGGUCUUCUUUCUAUAGCAGUGGCUGGCAAGAAGAAAGCACUUCUCCACACACUCAUCUAACCCCAGAGCAAGGAGCAGGCACGGUAGGUGGAAAACCUUGGAGUCCGUAUAAUUACCACCCAGUAUCCCAAAGGAAUACUCAGCCACCAUUGGCCAAGCAUGAACAAAGGAAAGAUGCCAUUAAAAAGAGCAAACAUUUGCGACUGUCACAGCCCUCUGACGUUGCUCAUUUUAAGUCAAGCAAUCAAGAAACCCGGACCUCCGAUUCUGCCAGUCAUGUUUCCCAGUCAGAAGAACAAGCACCAAUUGAUGCUGAACUGGACACUACUCCUGUUGGCUAUCAGUACGGUCAAGGAUCUGAUGUCAUAUCCAGAAGUUUUUCAGAUGACCUGCCCCGGAUGCGGUUCAAGUGCUCCUACUGCACUCACGUGGUCAAGCGGAAAGCAGACCUCAAGCGCCACCUUCGCUGCCACACAGGGGAGAGGCCCUAUCCGUGCCAAGCUUGUGGGAAAAGAUUCAGCCGGCUGGACCAUCUGAGUAGCCAUUUUCGAACAAUCCACCAGGCCUGCAAACUCAUCUGCAGAAAAUGCAAGCGCCAUGUGACUGAAGUGACAGGACAGGUGGUGCAGGAAGGAACCCGGCGUUACAGACUGUGUAAUGAGUGCCUGGCUGACGUGGGUAUAGACAGCCUCCCCAUGGAUCUGGAGACGGAGCAGCAUCUGCUGUCCACAGCAGAGGGAGAGAAGGAGGGCAGGUGGCACCUGGGCGAAGAGGAGAACAAGUCCUAUGUGGAGAUCGUGGAGGAUGGGUCGGCAGAUCUGGUCAUCCAGCAGGUUGAUGAUAGUGAAGAAGAAGAGGAAGAAAAGGAAGUCAAGCCCAACAUUAGGUAGCCAUCGUGGGCACCAGCAGAGCUGGGCAUGUGUGCCACCACGCCGACUCUGUGUAUCUCUCUCUUCCCAGGGUCAGAGUGGAGUGAACAAGUGUA